AUGAGCUGGAAAACCACUGCAGCUUUUCUAACAUUGACAUUCUUCGGAUUAGGAUCUUUAGUAUAUUUUUUAUUUAAGGAAGAGGAAGAAGGUCAAGAUUUUUUAUCUUUAAAUGGUGCAAAUACUUCUGAACUUGAAGUUACAAUACCCGAAGAAAGUCUUGGAAUAAUAAUAGGAAGGGGAGGAAACACAAUUAAAAACAUUGAGGUUCAAUCCAAUGUUAAAAUUCAUAUAGUUGAAAAUGGGAGUAUUAAUGGAAAGUACAGAAAAUGCAUUAUCAGAGGAACACCUGAAGCUGCACAGUAUGCCGAAUCACUAAUUCACGAAUUGAUUGUUAAUCAACCACUUAUUGAAACAUUUGAAAUGCUAGUCCCUUCGCAAGCAUGUGGAAGAAUUAUUGGUAAAAAUGGAGACAGUAUUCGUUUGAUAUCAAGGAAUUCAAACACUAAAAUUAUUGUAGAAAAUUUAUCUACAGCUCCUUUUUCAUUAGAAAAAAAAAUUAUUAUCAAGGGUACAUCCGAUCAAAUUGCCAUAGCUAAACUUUUAGUCGAACAAAAAGUCGAAGAGGAUAUGAAAUUUAGAAAUAAAAUUGAAACUCAAAUUUUAAACAGGCCUCCUAGAAAUAAAGCAAAAUAUUUACUUCCUUCUAAGGGAGAAUGUGAGGAAGUUGAUUCAUACACUCAAAAACAAAAAUUUAUUGCCACUUCAAGUAAUGGUUUAUUAGAAGUCUAUGUUUCUGCAAUUGAAAAUCCCGAUCGAAUGUGGUUACAAAUGAUGGGUCCUUCAACUGUAGAGCUUGACAGGCUCAUUGAACAAAUGACUGAUUAUUACAAGAAAAAAGAAAACAAAAUUUUGCAUGCUUUGCAUGAAGUGAAAUGUGGUCAAAUUGUGGCUGCUCCAUUUACAUAUGACGAUAGAUGGUAUAGAGCUGAAGUACAAGAAAUUCAAAAUGACAAUAAUGAAAAUUAUAUUUUGCUUUAUUACGUUGACUAUGGAGAUUCAUCAAGGUGCAAAAAAAAUGAAAUAUUCGAACUGAGAACUGAUUUUCUACGUCUAAGGUUUCAAGCUAUUGAGUGCAUGUUAGCCAAAAUAAAACCUAGUGGAUCUACUUGGUCGGAUGAAUCCAUAGAUUUAUUAGAAGAUUUAACUCACGUUGCUUUAUGGAAAUCGUUAAUGGCAAAAAUACAUACUUACAAAGAUAGGCCUACGAAGUGUCAGAGGGAAGGAAGUCCCGUGCCUUGCAUAGAACUUUACGAUAUCCAGGGUGAAAAUACGAUAAACGUAGCCGAAGAACUCGUAAGAAAGGGUUUCGCCAUUUGGGAAAAUGACAAAUCAUCACCGGUUACAACAGCAACAACAGCAACAGUAUAA